GUUAUGUUGUUAAGCAAGCACGCAGCAAGGACAACAGCCCACACAGCGUGAGUGCACACACUUUGGAUGGCAGCGAUGACAAAAGACUAGUUGUGUAUCACUUCUUCUCUCACCAGACUGUGAUGUGAUAAACUGUUCGUGUUAAACUUGUGUUUAGCCGACUAAGCUAGCAAACAGCUAUCAGUAUUUGGAGGACUUGCUAGUGUACCCGGAGUAACCUCUGUUUCUGACAAGUGGAGAGUCUGUGAGCUGACAGCAACCAAAUAAGUUGCAGCUAUGGUGUUUAUUCAGAGCUACUGUGAAGUCAAUUCCUCCAUCUCCCACACCUGGGUGGAUGAAGGCAUCGCCCCCUGCUUCUACUUCACCCUCCUCCCCACCAUCCUGCUCACCAUCGCCUUCUUCCUCGGCACCAUCCACUGCAUAUUCUACCAGAAAUAUGGCACCGAGAUGGAACCCAAGUUCAUCCCACGCUCCCGUCUGUACGGUUUCCAGCAGGCCGUCUCCAUCCUCCUGCUGAUUCAGUUCCUGGGUGGGAUGGUGUGGCGUGCUGCCAGCGGAGGAGAGCUCCCAGGCUACGUGGUGCUGUAUGGCUGCUUCUCCAUCCUGGGCUGGGCCUGGGCCAUAGCGCUGCUCCGGGUGGAGAGACGCAGGGUCCUGCUGAUGGACCGGACCAGGGGCCACAGCGCUGCUCUGCUGCUUUUCUGGGCCGUGGCUUUUGCAGCUGAGAACUUGGCCUUCGUCUCCUGGUUUAGUCCUCACUGGUGGUGGGCUCUUGAGAACUACCAACAACAGGUGCAGUUUGCCCUGUGGCUGAUGCGCUACAUGGGCACCAUGCUGCUCUUCUUCAUUGGUUUAAAAGCUCCAGGGCUGCCACGGAGACCAUACAUGCUGCUGAUAAACGAAGAUGAGCGUGACGUAGAGAACACUGGACAGAGCCUUUUGGGCAGAACCGAAGAGAACCAGUCCACCUGGAAGGAUUUCGGCAAGAAAUGCCGCAUGCUUCUUCCUUACAUGUGGCCCAAAGGAAACAUCGUCCUCCAGCUGCUGGUCCUCUUCUGCUUAACGCUGCUGGGAGUCGAGAGAGCGAUUAACGUCUUUGUACCGAUUUACUACAAGAAUAUUGUGAAUGAACUGACUGAUGGCAGCAGCUGGAACACUCUGGCUACCACAGUGUGUAUUUAUUCCCUGCUCAAGUUCCUGCAGGGCGGCGGUGCAGGCGCCUCAGGUUUUGUCAGCAACAUGCGUUCUUUCCUGUGGAUCAAGGUGCAGCAGUUCACCAGCCGCGUGGUUCAAGUGCGUCUGUUCGGCCACUUGCACGGCCUCUCCAUGCGCUGGCACCUGGGCCGCAAAACCGGCGACGUGCUGAGGAGCAUCGACCGCGGCAACACCUCCAUCAACAGCCUGCUCACCUACAUUGUGUUCAGCAUCUUUCCAACUAUUGCUGAUAUCAUCAUUUCUAUCAUCUACUUCAUCACUUAUUUCAACGCCUGGUUCGGACUUAUUAUCUUCGUCUGCAUGACCCUGUACCUCACUCUGACUAUCAUCAUCACCGAAUGGAGAACCAAAUACAGGCGAGACAUGAACCAGCAGGACAACAACGCCAGGUCCAAGGCUGUGGACUCCUUGUUAAACUUUGAGACGGUGAAAUACUACAACGCAGAGAACUAUGAGGUCAGCCGUUAUGAGGACACGAUCUUAAAAUAUCAGGCGUCAGAGUGGAAGACCCAGGCGUCCCUCGCCUUCCUCAACCAAACUCAGAACGUGAUCAUCGGAGCAGGGCUGCUGGCCGGCUCCCUGCUCUGUGCAUACUUUGUGACUGAAGGAAGGUUUAAGGUUGGAGAUUUUGUUCUCUUUGGCACCUACAUCAUCCAGCUGUACACUCCUCUCAACUGGUUUGGAACCUACUACAGACUGAUCCAGAAUUCUUUCGUUGAUAUGGAAAGCAUGUUCAAACUUUUUGAAGAAGAUCAAGAGGUAAAAGAUGAAGUAAACGCUGGGAGUCUUCUCUACCAACACGGAAAAGUGGAGUUUGAGAACGUUUACUUCAGCUACACAAACGGCAAAGAAAUUCUCACGGAUGUUUCCUUCACCGUGCUCCCAGGACAGACAGUUGCCUUUGUGGGACAAUCAGGCUCAGGAAAGAGCACCAUCAUGCGGCUCCUCUUCCGCUUUUAUGAUGUUCAGGGAGGCUGCAUUCGCAUCGACGGGCAGGAUAUAUCAAAAGUGAAGCAGACGUCUCUGCGAGCUCACAUCGGCGUGGUUCCCCAGGAUACCGUGCUCUUCAAUGACACCAUCCGGGACAACAUCCGCUACGGACGCAUCAGCGCCAGCGACCAGGAGGUGGAGGAGGCGGCGCUGGCUGCUGAUAUACACGAUAAAAUCAUGACGUUCCCUGAAGGUUAUGACACUCAGGUGGGUGAAAGAGGUCUGAAGCUGAGCGGAGGAGAGAAGCAGAGGGUGGCCAUCGCCAGAACCAUCCUCAAAGCACCAGAGAUCAUCCUGCUGGACGAGGCCACUUCUGCACUGGACACACAGACAGAACGCAACAUCCAGGCCUCACUGGCUAAAGUCUGCACCAGCCGUACAACACUUGUUGUAGCUCACAGGUUGUCCACCAUAAUCGGAGCAGACUUGAUUCUGGUCGUCAAUGACGGUCGGAUUGCUGAGCAGGGAGGACAUGAGGAGUUACUGGCCAAGGGAGGCUUGUACGCUGACAUGUGGAUGAACCAACAGCAGGCCCAGGACUCCGAUUCCUCGUCGGACACGGAAGCAAAAGACCGCCAGUCGGAGAAACUGCAGCCGCCAUCAACAUCUUCAGGCCACGGCCACGGCCACUGAAUGUAGUUUUUUGUUGCUUUUUUAAAGAGAACUCUGCUUUUUUUUUGUAUUGUCAAACUGAAUGUGUUCAUGGAGAAAAGGGAAGGUGCCUUAAUGCAACUAUUAAGGCAAAAACUAUCUGGCCGUGUCAAAAUGUACCAAACAUAUGUUAAUGUAUCCCGAGGUAUUGGUUGUAAUUAUCGCCAACGUUUUUUAUCAUUUUUUAAAGCCUUUAUUGUGAAGGUAAAGAAUGAAAAGUGGUGCAUGUUGGCACAGGCCUUCAUCCAGGUUAGGUUGAGGAUAUUCUAUUAUUUAAGAAGCACUCCUGCCACAUUUUAAUGUCCUUUAAUUAUUUUUUAUAUAUAAAAGAAAACACUGACUUUUGUCUAAAAAGCAAAGCAAGCAUUUUCCUAAUAGUCUAUGAGCUGACAUAAAUUAUUUAAAGAAAGAAAAGGGAGGAGAAAUAAGCACUGCUUCUUGUUGAGAGGCUCAUGGCUCCGUUGAUGGAUGACAAUGGAUUUUAUUCAGCCUCGUUUUAUUUUUAUAAGUUUUUGUUUGUUGGUUUUUAGCUCCACUGUUAUUUAAAUUUAAAGUGAUCAUUUUUUAUUGUUGUGUAAGAAUCUUUGUACUUUCUAUCACUACUUUAAAGCAAGCAGGGUGUGUUGCUCGUCCGAUCAUUGUAGCUUCUCAAUCUAAAUGGAUUAAUGAAUACACAAAAAGCUAAUGGUAUACAUAUAAAGUGGUACAAUACAAUGGAGACAUGUUAUCAAUUCAACCUUUUGCUUUUGCUGCAUGUAAAAGUCAAAAUAUCUGCUAUGAAAAAGGUGUUCAAUUACAAAAAUAUACACUAUUAUACAAUAUAUAUACAAUCAAAUAUACAGUUUCUGGAUAAGGAUUCACAAUCAUUUGAUGUUUUAAAUCUACCUCACAAAAGGUAUUAUAUCCAUGAUUAUUCUGUUUUGUCUUUUAAGAAAUAAAUGUUUUUUGCAAUGUGUUCUGGUCAGUAAUCUGA